AUGUCAAGCGAUAAUCCUUUUGCUGGUUUAAAUUCCGACGUAGCUAUUUUGGAUCUUCUUUUUACAAAACUGGAGCCACUGUUUUGUGGAGUGGUAGACAAAGUGACAAUGAAUAUUUCAUUAGCAGAUAGUGCGUAUUAUCGUGGUUUAAUAACCGAUGCCAAACAAAAUUCGAAAAAAGAUUUUAAUAACCUUUUCAUGUCACGUUUUCGUGACCGCAUCAAUCAAGGCUUUGCAAAAUCGUUCAACCAACUAACACAAGAGAAGGAGAACACCGCUGUCUUUGUCGAGACGGUAUCCGCCGAAAUGAAGAAGUUUGAGUACUCGAAAGAAGUUUUGAAGUCCAUUUUUGGAGCAUUAAAAUACGAAAUGAAAGGGACGGACAAUAACGUUGACACCUUUUUAGAGGAAAAAUGGAACUCAAAUUACUUAGUGGAACUCAACACGAAUUUUGAUUUAGUAAAUUCCAUUAGUAAAUUAAUAUCAGACGACCGCAUGCACGACGACUACUUUGAAACGAAAACCAAAAUCGUUCAAUUUGUCUCGAAUGUCAACAACAACACUGACCCAAAAGACGUGUUUAAUAUUUUAAAAGACAAGUCCAAAAACGUCAAUUUAGAUGGCAUUAAAAAGAUCAUAGAAAUGUAUGAAAGUGUCCUCACAGAACAAGAAGACCAACUUUCUAUUUAUCAACAAAUUUGCUCGGCAAUCGUUGAAAACUCCGAACGAGACUAUUUAACACUUUAUAACACUUUUAGAGAGAAAGACAUCGUCUGGUUUUUGGAGUGCACUAAAAAGUUUUACGACAAGGAGAAACCCAAAAUUGAUUCAUAUGUAAAUAGCGACGAGUUGAAGGUCACUAUUAAAGAAAAAAUGGAACACAUUUUUAUAACAAAUACAGUCGAUGAAGUCCUUGCGAAUUAUAAGACCGUUUUUUAUUCGAAAAGUAAUUUGGCACUUUCGUGUAUUCAAAUGUGCUUUUUAACAAACGAAAUCGUCACUAAACAGUUUCUUGAUAAAACAGAAGAACUCUUUUUAAAGAAGUGCACUGAUCAUAUCAAUGAAGCGCUUACAACUAAUUUGGAUAUUUUAAAUAACUCAGACGCUAUUUCUAAUCUUCUUUUAAAAUUGUAUGAAUCUAUGGAAGAUUUAAUUGUGAAUGGAUUUUUAUCGGACUGGCGGUUCAAGAAAGUGUUGAACGAGACUUUAAAGAAUAUAUUGAUGAACAACGAGUUGUUAAAUUUAGUCGGGGACGAC